UCAAAGAUCUCCAAAAUUAUACGCCCUACAAACCCAUAUCUCCUUUAUUUCUCCUCCAUUCCCUUCCCAACCCUAGGAGAGAGAUAAAAGCAUUUUCUAGAGCUGGAAUAUUAAUUUUUGUACAUAGAAUGUUUCCUUUACACCAAAGCAAUAAAUCUAGCCUUUUCAUUUCGUUUACUUCCAACGAACAAGGAAUUGUCUCAAAAGAUCUGGUCCUGGAUCAUGGUAAUUCAGUGGAUCGCAGCCGUAACCUUAGCAACCACAUGGGAAAAAUCAGGCCAAAGAAACUGAAUGAGAAUCCAGAUCAUCAUCAUGAUGAACGUAAUGAAAAGAAAAAGCUGCGUAGAGAAAUUGAGAGGCAAAGGAGGCAAGAAAUGACUACCCUUUAUGUCUCUCUUAGAUCUCUACUCCCUCUCGAAUUGAUCAAGGGCAAGCCAUCGAUGUCGGAGCAUAUGAACGUGGCAGUGGCGUAUAUUAAGCACCUAGAGAAGAAGAUUCAAGAACUAAGCGUCAAGAGAAAUGAGCUAAAAAGGCAGCCAAAUUGUAAUAAUGAAAAAUCAAAUUGCUUAUUGCCUGUAUACUAUUUUACAAUAAGCUCUUGGAGUGGUAUGGUGGAAAUUAUGAUCAAUAGCUGGCUUGGUGAGAGUGAUGACAGGUUAACACUUUCAAGAGUUCUUGAAGUGAUACUUGAACAAGGACUUGAUGUUGUCAGCUGUAUUUCCACCUCCCAAGCAAAUGAUAAAUUAGUUUAUACAAUCCAGUCUGAGGUCAGAGACUUCACAUGCACGGAUCAAACUAAGCUUCAACAGAGACUUGCAGAAGUAAAUCCCUCAUGGAGAUACAUCUCUAAAUAACUUUGAUUGCAUUUUCUUUUUUUUUUUUUUUUUUGUUCUUUCUGUUUAAUGAAGUAUUUUCCUCUGAUCAAUAUAUGCAUGUACCUUUAAUAAUAUAACCUGAUUUGGUCUGACAGUCUAUGAUGCUGAACUAAUUUGUAUCUUUAAGAAAAAUUUAAUUAA